AUGACGCCAUCUAUCUCCCAAGCCGUUACAAAUAUCACCGUUCCUAUCAAAAACGGCGUUGGAUCUGCCGAGGGCAAACCCAAGAUAAGAAGAGUGAUCGAAGAAGAAGGGGGAAAGACUACUGCCAGCUAUCCGCACUAUCUUCCAACCUGGGAUCAUGGCGAGAAAUUUCCCCCUCUUGAACCGUUUACUCACGUCGAUCACGGCAAAAACGCCGACCAUAGCUUUAAGGAUCUCCUAGCUGAAGGAUCCAAAAUCCAAAAACUCACUCCAACCGUCGGUUCCGAAGUCACAGGCAUCCAGCUGAGCAAACUCAACUCCGCCGGAAAAGACCAGCUCGCUCUUCUAGUCGCUCAACGCAAGGUCGUCGCCUUCCGAGACCAGGACUUUGCAGACCUAUCAAUUCAAGAGGCCUUGGACUUUGGUGGUUACUUUGGUCGACACCACAUCCACCCCACGAGUGGGUCUCCGGAGGGAUAUCCUGAGAUUCAUCUCGUUCAUCGCAACAAUAACGCGUGGGAGUUUGAUCAGUACCUUGCUGAGAAGAAUAGUAGUGUAUCAUGGCACUCGGAUGUGACCUACGAGCAGCAGCCCCCUGGAACCACGCUGCUGUAUCUUCUUGAUGGUCCCGAAGUGGGUGGGGAUACUGUUUUUGUGGAUCAAGUUGAAGCAUACAAGCGACUUUCCCCGGCAAUCCAGGAGCGACUGCAUGGACUGAAGGCCGUGCACUCUGGAUUUGAACAAGCUGAAAAUAGCCGAGCUCGUGAUGGUGUUGUGAGACGAGAACCAGUAAAGAAUGAGCAUCCUCUUGUUCGGACUCAUCCGGUAACCCGGGAAAAAGCGCUCUUUGUCAACGCUGGUUUCACUCGCAGUAUCGUGGGACUGAAGAAAGAAGAAAGUGACGCUCUCCUAGCAUUCUUGCUGGCUCAUGUCGGCCGAGGUAUUGACUACCAGGCUCGCAUUCGAUGGGCCCCUAAGACUGUUGUCAUUUGGGAUAAUCGCGUGACUGCCCAUUCUGCGAUUAUUGACUGGACGACUGGCGAGCGCCGUCAUUUGGCACGAAUUACCCCGCAGGCCGAACGCCCAUACGAAACGCCCUACAUUCCGGAAAGUAAAUCACACGAGGCAAACUAG